GGAAUCGAGUAUACACCCCGUUAGUCAUGAGCAGCCGCGACCACCUGUUCAAGGUGCUGGUGGUGGGGGACGCCGCAGUGGGCAAGACGUCGCUGGUGCAGCGAUAUUCCCAGGACAGCUUCAGCAAACACUACAAGUCCACGGUGGGAGUGGACUUUGCUCUGAAGGUUCUCCAGUGGUCUGACUCAGAGAUGGUGCGACUCCAGCUGUGGGAUAUUGCAGGGCAGGAACGCUUCACCUCUAUGACACGACUAUAUUAUAAAGAUGCUUCUGCCUGUGUUAUUAUGUUUGACGUUACCAAUGCCACUACCUUCAGCAACAGCCAGAGAUGGAAACAGGACCUGGACAGCAAGCUCACAUUGCCCAAUGGAGAGCCUGUACCCUGCCUGCUCCUGGCCAAUAAGUGUGAUCUGUCACCUUGGGCAGUGAGCCGGGACCAGAUUGACCGAUUCAGUAAAGAGAAUGGUUUCACAGGUUGGACAGAAACAUCAGUCAAGGAGAACAAAAAUAUUAAUGAGGCCAUGAGAGUCCUCAUUGAAAAGAUGAUGAGCAAUACCAGAGAAGAUAUCAUGUCUUUGUCCACUCAUGGGGACUACAUCAAUCUACAAACCAAGCCCUCCUCCAGCUGGGCCUGCUGCUAGUAGUGUUUGGCUUGUUUUCCAUGCCAAUUCUAAGAGGUCUUUCCAUCUCUUUCCUUCGGUUGCCCACCAGCAGUUUUGUUAAUUACAUUUGAACUGUCUCCUGCCAACUGUCCAGUAAGGAGACCCAUUGUCUCUGAGAAAAGACACCUGGGACCCAUGUGCAUUUCUCCUUUUCCUGGAUGUUGGCUUUGACUUGCUGCUGUCU